AUGUCCUUCCCAAAUGAAGCCACAUAUUGGCAGGUUUUUCAUACCUUGGAUGAUGCUACAGUCUUCUAUAACAAAUAUGCACGGCAGGUAGGGUUUGACACCCGUAAACAUGGAUCUAAAAGGGUUGGAGAUCUGGUUACAUGGCUAUACGUUGUGUGUAGUAGAGAAGGUGAGAAGCGAGUGAAGUAUAAACAGCUUGAGACUAAACGUAGACGUUCUUCUAGAAAGUGUCUUUGUAAGGCUAAAGUUGCUUUUAAGUUUUGUAAGGGUACUGGUUAUGUUGUUAAACAGUUUGAAGAGCGACAUAAUCACGAUAUGGUUCAAUUACGUCAUAAGCGAUUUAUGAGGCUCAAUCGCAAUAUCGACCUAGUGCAUCAGAAAUUCAUAGCAGAUUGCGCAAGUGUAAAUAUCGGUCCCACGUUGACUUUUAGUCUGCUUAGCGAGGUCUUAGGUGGUUUGGAUUACGUCGGAUGCACCAUUGUCGAGGUUCGCAACUAUAGGCGUGAUCUAAGAGCAUAUGUGGAUGGUGCUGAUGCGCAAAUGGUAUUAAAUGAUAUGAAGCGGAAGAAGGAGAUAUGUUCGUCGUUCACCUACGACUUUAAGGUAAACUCUAAGGGCAGGCUUACACGUCUUUUCUGGUGUGAUCCUAUUGCCAAGCACAAUUACCAUUUGUAUGGUGACAUUGUCUCUUUCGACACAACCUUCUCAACAAAUAGGUAUUGUAUGAUUUUUGCACCAUUCACGGGCAAAGACAAUCAUGGCAGACCCUUUACAUUUGGUGCAGGAUUGUUAUCGAAAAAGAAUGCUCCUUCUUUUGAAUGGUUGUUCGAAAGGUUUGUUAAAUGCAUGGGCGCUGCUCCCAAAUUGAUCAUUACUGAUCAAGAUUUGGGAAUGAAGGUGGCUGUCGAUAGUGUUCUAGUUGAUACAAGACAUCGAUGGUGCAUGUGGCACAUCAUGUUUAAGGUCGUUGAAAAAUUGCCCAAGAAUCAGCUCCACAAUGAGGAUUUAAAGAAGGAGUUUAAUAAAUGUGUGUGGUCGGAGUUGAUAGAUCCUGAAGAAUUCGAAGAAACCUGGCACGAAAUUAUGGAAAAAUACGGCCUUACAAACAACGAGUGGUUUUCGACAAUUUAUGAACUAUUUCAAGGUAUUUAUGAAUCUAUUUACAUAUGCGAUGAUAUACAUGUUCUAGCCUACUUCAGGGAUUUUCCAAUGAGUUCAUUGAUUAAGACCACCUCUGUAUCCGAGUCUCAGAACAGUUUCUUCAAGAGGUACACUAAGUCUCGAUGUAAUCUAGUCGAGUUUCUUAUGAAUUACAACAAUGCGAUGGAUGCCCAAAGGAGCAAUAGCAACAGGUUUGAAUAUCAUGACUCCAACACGACCCCAAUGUUGAAAACAAAUUCUGCACUUGAGAGGCAUGCGUCAACAAUCUACAGUGACGGUGGGAUUAAGGCAAUUCAGGAAGAGAUUGAGGAAACAAUUGAUAUUUGCACAUUGGUAAAGACUUCAAUCGAGGAUGACGCUGAAAUAUAUGUGAUCAAUGACAAGUUCUCUAAGGACUGGUCCGUGUCUUAUUCCAUCUCUGGCGAUUCAUAUUCUAAUUUUGUCAAGCCUGUUCAUUGUGGUUUUGUUGACGAUAUUGAAAAAGCUCUCAUUAUCGAUGUGGCAGCACAAGAAUGGAGGGAUAUGAAAAAAAGCGAUAUUGGGCAAGGGAUUGUAUUGUCUAUUAGUGAUAAGAGGCAAAUGAUUGAGAAUUUCUAUGGGUCUCAAGCCCCUAGCGAAAUAGAUGUCCAUCCUCUCGACGUUGUCAAAACCAAGGGUUCAGGAAGACGGCCUCUUACACGCCUUGAGCAAGCAAUGAAGCUGAAGGCAAAGCCGGGUCGUAAAUGUGCCGAAUGCGGCGAGGUUGGUAAUCAUGAUGCAAGAAAUUGCAAAAAGAUUAAGGAGAAACAGAAGAAAAAGUAG